GCGUGUGACAAGGAUAGGAGGGAUACAAAUCUUGGAACAGUACAGAAAUAGAAAAUAAUCAAAUUAUGGAGGAACUCAGAAAGAGUAUUGAAGAGAAAGAAAAAUUAAUAAUGAAACAAUUUAUAAGGAUUAAAGAACUAGAAAACGAAACGAUGCUUUUAAAACAGGAAAAAGAUGCAUUAUUCUGUGAUAUUAAUAAACUUAAAUUUGAACUUGAAAUGAGCGAAAUUAAGAGGCUCAAGAAUACUAGUAGCUUGGCCAAAAAACCGGUAGGUAGCCCGCCAUGCGACUCAGGAUCAGUUGUCAAGCAAGCGAGAUCGUGUUCUGUAACAACUAACCCUGAUUUCAACACCAAAAUACUUGUCCGCCAGAGGUCUUGCAGCGGAAACUUAGGGGAUAAAAAAGCGCCAUCUAGGAGAAUAGAUGAAGAAGCGUUAAAACGAACUCGUAUCAGUAGUGCACAGUACGAACUUUCCCAGGACUUGCAAGAUAAGCAAGUGGAAAUGUUGGAACGGAAAUAUGGAGGAGACAACGCCCGAAAAGCCGCCUUGACCAUUCAGCGUGCUUUUCGUAAAUACUGUAUAACUAAACGGUUCCAGCAGCUUGCGUAUUCUAUAAAAAGAGAAAGACGGCUUUCUCGACGAUUCGCUAUUCCGGAUUCUGAAGGAAAAGAUUGUCUGUUCAAUGUAGCCGAUGAUGACACGUUUUAUGGAAAAAACAGCAACUUAACAAAUAGCCUUCGUUUUCCUCAUUCCACUGCCUACGUAGACACUGUGCUAAAGUCCAAUCUCUCUACUUUGUUUCGCGACUUUGAUGAAAAUAAGUUUUCUCCAUCUGAUUGCCAGUUAAGAUAUCCUGUUACUAAAGGCCAAAGAGUUUGCGUACGUAGUUACUUAAUGGAAUCUCAUUUUUCGAACAAAACUGUAACUUCUAAUUCGCCUAGUUGUUUAGAGAAUGCGACACCCUCUGGUGAUACAUUAAAUCACGUAACUGUUUGCGAUCCUGACUUCUGUUCUGUUCCUGUAACGGUAGAUGAUGGUGGUCGGUGUUAUACGCCCACAAUGAAUGUAAAACCUUCUCUUUCUGUUCCUCGUCACCCAGCAUGGACAGCAGUGCCACCUAAUGGACGAAAACAAUACAUUAAUUCAAAUAAAGGAUCAGUUUUGUUUCUCAGUCCUAGUCAAUCUGAUGUAUCUCAUGAAAAUUAUGCACUUAGGUAUUCGCUUGCUUCAGAAGAAACCACCAUAAGCAGCAGUGGAACAAGAGACUCUAUUGUAUAUUCCAUAUCUGAAGAACAACAAGUUUGCCAGACUUCUUCAGCCAGACAGACUGUUAAUAUCUCUGUGACAUGUACCUCUCAGCCAGAUCCCUGCAAACUUUGGUGGACGACAGUUAAAGCUAGUGAUGAUCUGGAUCAAAGAAAGUCCAUGCCACUUUGUGUAGAGCAAAAGAAACUCCCAAAUCAAGAUUUAAGAAUGAUUUCCUCCAUCCCAGGGCAAGCAGUGAAACCUCGCAACAAGCUCCCUGAAAAGUCCUACCAAGUUCCAUUGUUUAAUCAUAAAUCAAGAAAAUUUGGAGUUGAUAAUAAGUCAGCAACAGAAUUGGACAGUAAUUCAGAACAUGCUGAGAAAACUAAAAAAUCUCACAUGAAAUUCAGUUUCGAAGCUUCCCCAGCAUUGAAAAAAGUUCUUGUGGCUGAACAAGCAACAUCUGGUGGACAGGUAGAUGAUAAAAGAUUAAGCAACAUCUCAGAAAAUAGUGAAGACAGCCUGGAAAGUGGAAGUUAUUCAACAACUCCUCCUGGUACAUCCUCUGGACAUAGCUACUCAGACUGUUGUAGAGUUCAUAAUAUGACCUCAGCGUCAUCACCACAUAUACUACAAACACCAGAAAUACAAAGAAAACGCCAGUACAGAGUAGGUUUGAACCUUUUCAACAAAAAACCAGAAAAGGGGAUUAAUUACCUCAUUAAAAGGGGCUUCUUGGAAGCAACUCCUAAGGCUGUUGCACGGUUUCUAAUAUCAAGGAAAGGUCUCAGUAGGCAGAAUAUUGGAGAAUACUUGGGAAAUCUUCAAAGUCAUUUCAUCUCGGCAGUGUUGAAGAGUUAUGUGGAAGAAAUUGAUCUCGCAGGGAUGCAAGUUGAUGUCGCUCUUCGGAAAUACCAAACCUUUUUCAGGAUGCCAGGUGAAGCCCAGAAAAUUGAGAGAUUAAUAGAAGUGUUCAGCCACAGGUAUUCAGACUGCAAUCGGGAUAUAGUGACCAAAUUUCACAAUCCUGACACAGUCUUUGUUCUUGCUUUUGCUAUCAUUAUGUUAAACACAGAUCUACAUACGCCCAACCUGAAAGCAGAUAAAAGGAUGAAACUGGACGAUUUCAUAAAGAACUUAAAAGGAAUUGAUGAUGGCCAUGACCUAGAUAGAGACAUGCUAUCUGGAAUCUAUGAAAGAAUCAAAGCUAGUGAAUUUAAAACUGGAUCUGACCAUGUGACACAAGUAAUGAAGGUUCAACAGACAAUUGUUGGCAAGAAACCAAACCUAGCACAGCCUCACAGAAGGUUGGUCUGUUAUUGUCGUCUUUAUGAAGUUUAUGACAUAACCAAGAAAGAAAGGUCUGGAAUCCAUCAGCGUGAAGUGUUCCUGUUUAAUGAUACUCUCCUGGUCUCUAAAAUCUUUAGUAAGAAGAAAAUGAGUAUUACUUAUACGUUCCGGCAAUCUUUUCCACUGUGUGGAGUUAACGUCUUGCUUUUUGAAGCUCCACAUUAUUCACAUGGGAUUAGGCUUACACGUAGAGUUGACAGCAAGGUUUUAAUUACUUUCAAUGCAAGAAACAUGCACGACCGAACUAAAUUUGUAGAUGAUUUGAAAGAAUCCAUUCUAGAGAUGGAUGAAAUGGAGAACCUUCGGAUAGAAGCAGAACUAGAAAAACAGAAAUCUCUGAGAACGAGAGUUACAGAGAACAGAGACUCUGGUGUCGUAGAUAUAGAGGUUCUUCCCUCCACUAGUCAAGAAAGAAACAGACUCCACCCCGAUGGACAGUCUUCCAACAUAAAACGUUCUUCCCUGUCUAACUCUCUCCUUGACCUUCAUGAUCCUCAAAUGAACAAGCCUGUUCGAAGAGGUAGUGCAGGCUCUUUAGAUAGCGGAAUGUCGGUAUCCUUUCAGUCGUCAGCAACGAGCACCGAAAGUCAGGAUUCCUCGUCUCAAGCAGUGUCUUGCAGCGGGACCUGUGAGAUUAGGAACGUUUUAGAAACUACUGUCACACAAGCAACACAGAGUGGAAAGUCUACCAAUCAGCAGAGCUUUCUUGGUGGAUUGUUCGGGAAGAAGAGUAAGACACAUAGCAAGGCAAACAUAGUGAAAAUUUCCGAGAUUACUGAUGUUUAAAAGGUGUUUAUAUCGUACGAAAUGAACGAAGGAGCAUCAAACCUAAUUGUUACUGAAACUGAGUUGGCAGUGGUGGCUCCAAGCGUAAGCUAGAGAACUGCAUACUCGGGGCCUCGCGCUAUUCCAAACAACUAGUAUUUAUUUUGUUUUGACUAUUAUUUAUAACAACAGACACCUAAUUGGAGCUUUUAUUUUUAAAUUGUGUUUUGGGAACUAGUCCCCCGUAAUCCCCCCCGCUGGCACACAGCUUUAUUAGUGGACUUUGUGAAGUGAUAACCCUGUUGUUAACUCCGGCACUGUAUGCCCUUCAGUGGCACAGCGGCACGUCUGCGGACUUACAACGCUAGAAACCGGGUUUCGAUACCCAUAGUGGGCAGAGCACAGAUAGCCCAUUGUGUAGCUUUGUACUUAACUUCAAACAAACAAACAAACCGGAACUGUUAGCUUGUACUAUAGUCAAAUGUAUCCCAUCAUCCAAAGCGGAAGGCAAGAGUAAAACAUGAACAGAUCUUCAAAUGAAAACAAAAAUGUAAAAAAGAACAACCUUAACAAUUCUUUCCUGAAUAUUUUUAAACCAACAGAAACUAGUAGCUAUUGAGAACAGAAAUUCACAAAGAAACAUUCUACUUACAGAGUGUAAUUCAUAUAAAGGUCGGGAACAUUCUACUUACAGAGUGUAAUUCAUAUAAAGGUCGGGAACAUUCUACUUACAGAGUGUAAUUCAUAUAAAGGUCAGGUGUGUUAUAUGAAGAAGAUUUUGAAGCUUCACCAUAUUGUGUAAAAUUACAAUCCAUACAUACCAACACAUCCGGUAGUACUUCACCUUACGCACGUGCAUAUAUAAAAUGGCUGGCUGUUAAGUACAGUGUACACUUUUCUUGAGCUUUCCAUAAUAUAUCUAAUAAUGUAUGAGAAUGACGUUUUUACAGCACCGGGGUCGCGGGUUCGAAUCCCCGUCACCGAACAUCCUCGCCCUUUCAGUCGUGGGAGCGUUAUAUAGUGAUGGUCGAUCUCAUUAUUCAUUGGUAAAAGAAAAUCCCAAGAGUUGCCGAUGGGUGUUGUUGACUAACUGUCUUCCCUCUAGUCCAGGGGUCCCCAAACUACAGGCCGCAUCCGGCCCGUCAAUAGUUUAUUAAAGUAAUAAUAUAAUAUUUUAAUAUUAUAAAAACAAAAAUAAAACAUAAUUGAGCAAAAGCCAAUCUGAUCAUGUAUGCAUCCCUACUUAAUUUUACCACGACCCCUCCGGCCCGCGAAGCCUAUACCUCCCGGCCCUUGUCCCAAAAGGGUUGGUGACCCCUGCUCUACUCUAUCACUGCUAAAUUAAGGACAGCUAGCGCAGAUAGCCUUCGCGUGGCUUUGCGCGAAAUUCAAACGAAAUUUACAGCUCCCGUUACAACAGUUCGAUCACACAGAAAUCCAUAGGCCUAACAUUUGUCGACCGUAUGUCUUCAAAUAGAAUAGUAUGAAUACUUGUUUCAUUCUCCAGCUACUUGAGGUACGCGAUGGUUUAACUGGACCUUUGUCGUUUUUCCAAUCAGAAAUCCUUCUUGAUUAUGUUGUGUAUUUUUUCCUGGGGCAUGUGGAAGGCUUUUGCCUCUGACUUUUCUGUUCGUGGACUCUCAUCUAAUACAAGACGCUGCACUUUGCUUACCAUAGCUGCAAUAUAAUAUGUUUCGGGGCUUUUUUUGGAUAGUCCUGGUACCCAAAGUUGAUCCAUAUUAUUUCAUUUUCCAAUGCCAUUAUUAAAUGGUAUGUUCAUCUUUGAAAUUCUAAAGCCCUGACCUGAUAACCCUGAACUUAGUGUAUCAUUAUAUAUUUUUUUCGUCGAAAAAGCGAUCAAUUUUCAGUGGCAUCAAACUACCAUGCAUCGCCAAACAGUGUUAAAUGUAGUUCUAAUACAUCCGUUUUACCGCGACUUUAUAUCGGCUGUGGUUGUCACGUAACAUUUUAAUAUAACACGUUCAACCCUGUAUUCGUGUAAUAUGAAGUCAAACUUCAGUGUUUGUUUUUGUAGCAGUUAAAAGGUUUCGAACUAUGACUUACCGGCAUCAACAAGCGGGUUAAUCCCUUAGUUUUGUUGGUACAGGAUUUGCAUGGCCUAGAAGAUUUAAAAUUGGGAUUACUAAAGAAAACCUGGCGCCCAUCGUUUGGCGGUUAUAACCCCCUGAAAUAAGGCCCGAAGAUUGUCUCUGUUUGUGAGAGUGUGAUAUUAUAGUAAUUAAUUCUAAGAAACCAUGAGUGCAACCUAACGAUAUGUUCUGAUGUGUCAACCACACUACAUCCCCCCAUAUCCAGUGCCUACGAGGCCUUUUGCCCAAUACCGGGCCUCGUCAGGCCGGCUGUGAUACGACAGACAUAAUAGUGGUAUACAUAUGUCAUCCGUUUUUACAAGUGUUAAGGUGUGAACCAGAUUAAGCAAGUGAUUUGUAAUUAUUAUCAGUUUUAUAGUUUUGAAAACUGCCUUACUAGCAGGUGCUAGUGCGUUAACUCUUAGCUCAGCUGGUAGAGCACUCGCUUGCACUUGCCUUACUAGCAGGUGCUAGUACGUUAACUCUUAGCUCAGCUGGUAGAGCACUCGCUUGCACUGUAAGCGGUUCCGAGUUCAAAUCCUUUUUGCGAGAGACAAAAAUUGAAUUUGUACUCUGUGAAAGUUUAACAAACAAGGAACGGCAGCAAAGAUUUUUACAAAACGUGCGAUUUAACGGCUCCGCAAGAUAAUUUAUACAGACAAAAAUACGCACGUUUCGGCAAAUAGGAUUAGUUGUCGGAUUUUUGUGUAAAUGAUAUAGUCUUAGUGUUUGUAAUUUCCAAGAUGAGUUUAUAUCAACAGAACACACUACUGUUCUAUAGUUGCGGUGUUUUACGUGUGUUAACAGUCUAGGAAAAUAGAAAUUAUUCGUAUGUGUAAGUGUAUGUAAUCAAAUUAAAUAUAUUAAGUAUUCAUUGUAUGAAAUAUGCAAUUAUUACAUGGUAACCCGGUUAACUAAUUAGAAGCGUUGAAUAUUGCAAAUGCUGUAUUAGGAAAUUAGUGAAAUUCGAAUACAGCAUGUAGGCUUACUGUUCACAUCGUACUCGUUGCUUCGAUUUUUCAAAGUCUAUAGCAAUGGCGGAUACAAAGGGAGGGUUGAGAUAUUACCCACCACUUCCCGAUGGACUACCAAACAAAAGGCACCCUUAACCCUAAUAACGCGAAUUAUUUCCAAGGUUUCAUCACCCUUACCAAAAAUCCUAGAUACGCUCGUGUUAUUAUCCUCCAUGAUGAUUUAUAGUGACUUUUAUGUAUAAUUAAAUAUGAGUAAUGAUAUAGCUUCUGUGUUACAUUUAAGUUGAUAGUUGAACAACGUAGUUAAUGGUGUGUAACUCAUUUUAUUACCCUGUGUAUUGUGCAAUGAAAGUUAUGUACGUGCUGGUACCAAUAUGUAUUGUUAGGCACUUGACUGUCGCUUUUCACUUACCAUGUUUGCUAGAAUGAGAAACAUAAUAACAUACUCAUAUAAGUCGUGUUUAUUUAGGUUUACUUCAUAACCACGAGGUGGCGUGUAAGUAUCGAUAUGUAUGUAUUGUUAGGAAAGUCACCGUCGCUUUUCAGUUCAAUAAGAAACAUAUUAACAUUUUCACAAAGGUCGUAUUUAAGUUUAGCUAGUUAUCACGAGAUGGCGUAGUAGACAUAACCAGAAAGCGUGUUCUUGUACUGUUUUUUUUUUUUUUCUUAUGAAGUAUUCUUAAGUUACCGACUUGUUUUCAUACUGUUCACUACUGGUAGAGUUCAUAUACUACAUUUUAUGAUACUGAGUAAUUUUAUGUAAAUAAAUGGCCGAACAAAAUUGGGUGAAAUCAGUCGUUUUUUUAACUAAAAUACCUAGGUAAACCCAGCAGUAAUUAGCAGGAUAUUACAAUAUUGAUGGUAUUUUUUGUGUUAUUCGAAUUGGAGUACAAAUGAUUUAUAAAAAUGUGUUCUGAAAACUGAUGGUGUCUGAAUAUGAGUCUUUUAGAUAAGUCUAGCGAUAACUAAAAAAAUGAAAAAACACGAUUAUAACAAAAUAAUUUUGAUGGGAAGAUAUAGGAUUAUCGUUGUUUUUAACGUCGUAGAGACUAACAUUACAAUAGCGAACUUGGGUUACUGACUAACUAAUCUGUAGAGGGGUGGGAGCUACCAUUAAAGUAAUCAAACGCAUUCCUAGUUUCGUUGUUUUAGCGCGUGAAAUAGAAUCUUGCUCUUAGAAGAUUUAAAGCUUACCCAUAAGGCCCGAAAAGCUCGUAAUUAGGUGCUGUUAUUCAUUUAUAUGAAACAUCGUUUCAUAUUCUUAUCACCACGAGGAGAGCACGUUUUAAAGGAAAUGUGUUCUAGAAUAAUUCCAUUCUCUUCCCCCUUCCCCAAUAUUUUCUGGGGUGAUCCAAAUGAUGAUGACAAAAACCUUGUCGAAACGUUGUACAUUUGCUGUUGUGUUAAACUUACAUCAAAUUUUUUCUUCAUUACCCAUUCAAGCCGUCUCCAACCAUUAUAAAUGUAUGGUAAUGUUUUAAAAAUUCUAAUGAGUUGAGGUUUGUUUUUCGAUGUGAUUGUAAAAUACUGAAAUGUUAAUUAUAUAGAUGGACUUCCUUUCUGUAA